AUGGAAGAAAUAUAUAUACCUAUACCACAUUAUCCACCAUUCAAAUUAAGAUCAUCAUUAAUUGAUAAAGACCCAGUCAUUUGGGUACAUUUAUUAGAUGCAUAUAUUCAAUUAAUUCAAUUUUUAUUAGAUCCAAAGUCACCAAAAUUAAAUAUAAAAAGUCAGCAACAGUUACAGGUUUUCAUUAAAAUAUAUUUAUCAGAAACUGCAGAGGAACAAUCUAGGAUUUUUUCUUUAGGUGCUAUAAAUCCAGAUAUAACCAAAAACACAUCAAUUUUGAAAAUUUAUGUAUUUCAGUUAAUUAAAGAUUAUAGUUUUGUGAAGUUAAAUCUUACAAGUGAAUGUGUUUGGAAUUUCAUAAGGAUAUAUUGUGAGAAGAAUAUAAAUACUGUUAGGAAUUUAGUUGAAGGUACUCACAAAUCGAAAUAUAAUAAUAAUAAAAAGAGUGGGAGCAUUUCUCAAAUUCCAGUAUUGCAUAAAUACAUUAAAUAUUUGAUAUUGAAUAAUAAAUUUAGAGAUGAGGAUAUUUCUACACUUUCAAUUUUACUUGGUCAACAUACUACAAACACAGUUACGACUUUUAGAAUGGGAGAUUCUAACUCAACUACUAAAAAUAUAAACAAAAAGUCAAAUAAUUCCUUGCAGUUUGCUGAAUCAUUUGUUAAAUCAUCUUGGAUUGAAAUGUUAGAGAAGAAUUACGUAUCUGGAAAACCUGUAUAUGCAAACACAAUUAAAAAUGUCAUGAUUAUUUCAAUUUUAUCAUUAUCUACUGCAAAAUUGGCAAAAUUGACAAUGGAAUUAGGUAUAACCUCAAUAGAUACCUUAGAAAUAUGUCCUUUAUUUAGUUCAAUUAUUUUAUCUGAUACUUAUAAUGAAUUAGUUCCUAAUCUAGAUGAAAGAUUACCAUUUCUUAAAAAUGUCAAAUUUGGAAAUGGACAAGGAGAUGCGAUUGAUGAUGAAUCAGAUUUUGAACAAAAUAUAGAAGGUAUUUCAUUAUUAAUUGAUUUAUUCCCACAAUUGACUGAACAAAAAGCCAAAAUCAUACUUAAAGAGAAUAAUGGAGAUGUUGAACAUGUUACUAAUUUAUUACUUGAGAAUCCAGAUUUAAUAGAUAGUAUAACUAUACCGUAUAAGAAAGGGAAAUCAACCGAACCUAAAGUAUCAGUCAGACAAGCUUCUAAAAGGUCAGUUUAUGAUGAGGAUAAUAUAUCAAAGGGUGAUUUUUCAGGGACUACUAUUAUUUAUGGUAAGAAACAACGUGAAAGCUUAGCUCCAUCGUCUCAACAAUUAAAAAAUCAUACUUUGAAUGCUGCAUUACGAUUAAUGUAUGAAUCAGAUGAGGAUGAACCAGAUGAUACUUAUGAUGAUCAAGAGAAAACAAGUGGUAUAGCAGAUGAAUCAAACGAUAAACGAAAUAAAAAGAAUAAAAUGACAGUAUUAGAAGAUAAUAAUAAAGAAAGUACUAAUUCUGAUGGAGUAGAUGAGAAUGAAAGAUAUUUAUUCAGCAUUUUUAAAAUUAAAGGUAAUGAAGUAUUUGAAAAGACAGCAAGAAAAUCAUCACAACGUAAAGAAUUAAGAAAACAAAUGAACUGGUCAGAUGAACAAAUUGAAGGAUGGUUAAGAAUGUUAUUGAAAUCACCAAGGAGAUUUAAAAUUUUAGAAGAAGAUUUCUUUUAUGGUGGUGGUAAUCCAAAUAGAGCACCUAAAAUAUUGAAGAAUGAUAGGAAGGAAGACACACCUGAAGUGCAAGAUGAAAAGAAAGCUAAAGGUAUUAAUGAUAAAGAUAUUAAAAGAGAUCCACCUAAAUCUAAAGAGCAAGUUAGACGUAAUCAAGCAAGAAAUGAAAAGAAUAAAUCAAGUAGAGCUAAUCAUAAUAGAAAAGCUCAACAUGAUAAAAAAGCAAGUAUAGGAUUUGGAGCAUUAUAA